AUGGAGCCACCCGUUUUCGGCGCGAUGAGCCCCCACUCCAAGUGCCUUCUCACCUGCGUCGCCUGCAGACUGGGCCGCGAUGCCGCGAGAGCUGCGCAAGCAGACAAGCUGGUCGAGCGGGUCUUCAGGGACGUGACCAGCACCAAGGCGCUCCAGCUGCUGAAUCUGGAGCUCAUAAACAUGUUGUUGGUAGCCAGUUACACGCUCGGACUGCCGUUGUCGCAGCCACAAAUGCAGCGCGUACUCGACCAGACAUGCCAGCUGGUUGAACGGGACGCCAAUUUCAACGUCGAGUUGACGGUCAGCAUACUACACUCGCUGGGCGCAAUAGCUCGGGUAUACCCGCGUCAACGUGAGCAACUGGCGACCUCGGCAGUGGUUCAAAGUGUCCUUUCUGGGUUUCGCGAUUUUGAGCCGAGGCUCAACAUGCGUGAACUGUCGCUGGUGCUGUACGCCUUCGACAAACUGCAUGUCGUCGACCAUGCUAUGGCAGAAGUGUUGGUAGAGCGAGUGGAGAAGGAACGCUCCACAUUGAACGGGCAGACGCAGGCCACCAUCCUUUUCGCGUGCGCUGCGCACCCCCCCUUGCACCGGGUGCUCGGAAUACUGCGUGAAAAUGUGGUUGACGGGGCGCCACGCUUCACGGGUAGAGAGGCGUGCAACGUGUAUUGCGCUUACCUGAAGGCCGGCCUCUGGGAUGAGCAGUUGUCAGCACUGCUUGAACACGCCCUGCCCAAGAUGAACGCCCAGGAGCUUUGCAACGUCGUAAACCUGAUGAUACAGAAGGAAGCACCCGUUGACAAAUCCUUCACUGUGGCGUAUCCGCGUCACUUAAACACCGCGUUGAUGACGAUGCGACUCUCGCUACUUGACGCGUUGACCCUGACGCAGUCCGUUGCGCACUGGGGUCUCGCCAGCCGCAUGCGAUUGAGCGCGCUCGAUAAUGCAAUCUCCAAAGCGCUGGCAGCAGAUAGGUCGGCCUACUCCGCUAAGCACGUCUAUCUGUUGCACUACUUGGUGACGCUGGGUUGCCGCGGUGCGGCGCAGAGGGCGGUGAACUGCGCCGCACAGCGCUUCGACCCGAGAGCGCUCAGCAAUAAGGAGAUCGUCGUGCUCUACAAUGCGCUGUGGCACUUCGGAUCGGGCGCUGCCUGCGUGAGCGUCGUCGAGCGCGAACUGAAGCGGCGCCUCGAUCAACACCAGGCAUUCAGCGCGGUCGACUUGCAAACCUUGGCGCACUGGGGAGACUCCGAAACGUGUGGCCUUAUUGCGGACAAGUAUCUAGACGGCAGUGGAUGCGCGAAUGAAAGCCAUAUCAAACUGCUGAACACCCUCCUGAGGAAGACGGGUAGCGACGCGGCGAGGGCCUUGGCGCGGCGGGCGGUUGAGGUGGUGCUAAAGCCUGGACGUGACAACAGCACUAAAAUGGCGGUCAAUAACGAUUCCAAUGCACAUGAAGAUGCUGGAUCAGGGUGCAACGUGAUGAGUAGCGUCUCCUCUAAACAUGGAUCUAACGUGGAGGUGCCAUCCACCGUGAGGCACCAGGCUGCGGCAUGUGAGCUGUUGCCUUACCUACAGGGAGAGCUGGAUGUAGUUCCCAUUUUGUCCAACCUAGUGGAGAGUUGGCUUCAUACGUUGUGCGGCGACACUAAAAUAGAAACGCGGUGUUUGAUCGCAUGCCUGUCAGUGGCCCGGAAGCUCAACGUGAGAUCGACGUCGGUAGCGUCGGUCGCGAGUGCCAUCGUCGAACAACUUGAUGGUGGGAUAGGCCCCCAGGAUUUCUUGGAUUACAUCAAUGCAGUGUACCACCUGGAAAUAGCAGUGAACGACCCGGGGGCGCUGAUGGACACCGCCGUUAAGGUCCUGGAGGAGGCGCAUGACGAAGCUGUCAAGGAGUCCAUAUUGUUCACUCUCAGUGCAAUGCAAUUUUCGGGCCAUCUGAUCACUAAUGGAGUCGGAGAACAUGUUGUGUCGAGGUGUUUGGCUUUGAGAAAGCCUCCACGGAUGUGCCUGAAGGCGCUCUACAUGUGCCUGGUUCAUGAAGGCUACCUUACGCCUGGUGGAAUCACCACAUCCCCUGCCUUCAUCCGCAGAUUGCAAUAUCGCGCUGCAGAAGUGGGCACUGGCGGCAAAACACGCACUGAGUCGCAUAUCGGAGCUACAUCGCACCACCGCCGCUCCAGGCCCACCACACAUGAGGACAACCAAAAUGAGGUGCACUGCAGCGUCUACUCAACGCUGCAAAAAAUACACGCUGGCAAUCCGUGUUCAUCCAUACGAGCGGAGGCGCCUGUGGCAUUCGACUAUGUGUCGGACAUUCUUUUGACCACAUCGCCACCGAGGUUGAAAGGCGUGCCAUAG